UUACAGGCCAAGUGCUGCGACCACCGAGCAUCUGAAGCAGUCUACUCCUCAACAGUGACAUGAAGGCUCGGCCAUGAAUCUGCUUCUCCCUCCUCUGCGGGAACACUUGGAGGCUCCGCCUGUGCGCACCUCGAGACACGCCCACAGGUGCGCACAUCCAGGGACGCGCUGCGCGCAGCCACCAGCUGCAUUCAGACAAUCAGACAACCUACACACCUGGGUCUGAUGAGGGCAAGCUCAAUAAAGGACCAGUGGACCCAAAGAUCGGCGCGGGAACUUAGUUUUCUCAUGGUGUACCUACCCUCCGUCGCCUGGAAAGUGAGCUGUGCAUCUCACUUUUCCCUGGAUUUCCCUCUGGACUUUGACUGCCCUCCUUCAUUCCUCGACCUCUCACUAGCCCCUGGAUUCUGACGCCUCUCUCUCGCCCCGGAUCAUCUGCCUGCCCCCCCCCCUGGACUUCCUCGUAUCUCCUUCAACACUUUGGUGGCAACUGGAGAAGCAACUCUUCAAUAACAAUAGACCCCCAGCCAGAAACUAAACACAGUGAAUAAGAGCUGCUCCAACCAUGAAAUUGAAAAGACGCCAAUGCUUUUCCAACUUUGCAAAAUGUGCCUUUCUCCUCGCUCUGCUGAUCUUUCUUGUAGCCCGCAUGUGGCAUCCAAGUCUCACAGCACAGUUCAGCUUGAGAGGCAGUCCAGGGACAUGCCAAGAUGAAGGACUCCAUGCCAACAUAUCAGCCAUAGAAGAAGUUGAAGAAGCUACAAACUCUCCCGGGAAGAAAAACAACACCAUUAUAGCUGAAACAGGUUUGGAGAAACCUGAGCCAGUCAAGACUACCCAGAGAGACUUUAAUGCCACUUUAAUCCAUGGUCUGUUCCCUUACAUCAUCAAUGAACCGGCAAAAUGUCAAGGUGGUCAAGCAACACCAUUCCUGGUCUUUAUAAUAACCACAGUGGCUUCAGAGGUGGAAGCCAGGAGUGCCAUACGGCAGACCUGGGCAAACCAGAGCUUGGUGCCAGGCGUGGGAGUUAUCCGCCUAUUUCUGCUGGGAAAGCUGGAGGGAGAGGUGGGAAGUUCUCAGCAAAGGAUGCUCCAAGAAGAGAGUGACAAGCAUCAUGAUAUCAUUCAGCAGGACUUUGUAGAAUCCUACAACAAUAUGACCCUGAAGACCCUGAUGGGUCUGCACUGGGUGGCAAGGUACUGUCCACACGCGGGCUAUGUCAUGAAGACCGACAGUGACAUGUUCAUCAACACCGAGUACCUGAUCCACAAGCUGCUCAGACCAGAGCUGAAGCCCAAGACAAACUAUUACACAGGCAGAAUCAUAGAACAUGAGUUAGCUCAUCGUGAUAAAAAGAGCAGGUGGUACAUGUCUGAAGAGGAAUAUGGAAAAGCAGAGUAUCCCACCUUCUGCUCUGGGACUGGUUAUGUGCUGUCAGCAGACUUGGCUGACAAGAUUCUCAGAAUAUCUUUGAUCACACACAUAGUACACCUGGAGGAUGUCCACGUGGGAUUGUGUCUAAGUCAGCUCAGGGUGAAGCCCACCAAGACGUCCAUAUUGCUAUUCAACCACUACCACGUGCCGUUCACACGCUGCAUGUACAGCAAUCUCAUCACCUCACACCAAAUUACACCAAAGGAAUUACUGCAGUACUGGAGCAGCCACCAGAGACACAAGAACAUAUGUCAAAGGAACUUGUGAUGCAGUCAGUCUCCACACCCCUUGGACUGUCAACAAAGUGGUUACCGACGUCCAACAUUAAAACAAGGAUUCAAUUCAAGGAGCUUUAUUUGGCAUAGCUGUACACAUUUGCACAUGUACGCUACCACAUUUGGACUCAGGUCCUGGCAAGGUUGAAGAAAAACAGUAAUAAAUGGGCAAUAAAGAAAGAAUAAAA